CAGCAGCUCGGAAUCUGCCUCUCCUAGAGGUUUUGCAUGGCCUGCCAGGGAGAUUUGGGUUCACGGAGACGCGUCACGCCUAGCGUCCAAAGUAGAAACCUGUUGUCGUGACGCGCUAACGAUGCCGCCGGCUCCAUUAGUGCACGACGCCGUCCAGCGUAAUGGUGGAUGCUGGAUCAAUCAAGCCAAUCGGCGUCAACAGCGUGGGUUCAGGGGUCGUCUUCCUGACGCAACGGCCACUGACUAAUUAAGGAGGACAUGGGCACAUACGUAGCGACAUUUGUCUUGUGUGCGCUGCUUCAACCGAUCCCAGACGAUUGGCAGCCACAGCCGCGAGCCAGCAGUCAACACUCGAUCUCAUAAGAGGCUUGAAUGGGUAAACUGGAGUUACAAGUGUUUCACAGUCAUGUACACACGACCUUGCGUGCCUAGCCUGCUGAAUCCUUCCAGUGUCGCCACACAACCACCAUGCGCGUAGUCUCGCACUCGCACCGCUUCAGCCCCGCAGAUGCGGCGACGUGCUGGUGUGUGGCAAUCAUCUUUGCCAUCCUAGCUAUCUGCGUUGUCGCCUCAGACACAGCACAUCUCCUUGAUCUUGAUCACGAGCACGUCUCGCCAGACAAGGAUCGCGGCGGCACGUCGGCACUCGACCGCACCAGAUCCGUCAUUGAGCGUCAAAGGAGACAGACUCAUUCUCACGUCGAGAUGGGCAGAAAAGCGCGUCAUCUCCACCACAAGCACGACAGGCCUGUCGCCGCUGUGUAUCGCGGACCGGUCGGCUGCGAGGGAUGCUCGGAGAGCGUUGCCAAGCUGCUCAGAGAUUCGCCUCCCCAUUUUCGCGUGCACUAUCUUGGUCCUGACGAGACUCACGAUGUGUCUCCGCAGACGCUCAGCCACCUCGACCUCUUCGCAUGGCCAGGUGGCGGUGAUGAUCAGAACGCCGACUAUCUGAAGGUGGCCAACUACACAAAGGCACUGCGAGACUUUGUCAGUGGUGGCGGCAAGUACGCAGGAUUUUGUAUGGGUGCCUUCCUGGCAAGAGGACAAGCGAGCAACGAGACAUUCUUCGGCCUACUCCCGGAAGGAUCAUGGGUCAGCUCGGAGCGCUUCGAAAAGAAUGCCCAGGUCAAAGGCGAUGAAGACACCAUCAUUCUGACAGACUGGACCUUUCACACUGGUCCCAAAAAAGGAACGACUGAAAGAGAUAGAUGGCAAUACUUUCAAGAUGGCGGCCUCGUUCACCUGGGCCCGAACGUCCCGCCUCAAACUAUCAUCAAAGGGCAUUACACUUCCACCAAUGACGUCUGCUCAGCCAUCAUCCCGUACGGCAAAGGUCAGGUCGGACUUGUGGGAGUGCACCCAGAGGCUGACAAAAGUUGGUACUCCGACUGGAACGGAACCAACCCCCAAGGCAUCAGGUUCGACAUUGGCCACGAUUUCAUUGACACACUGUGGCGGGCGGACGAGCUUCAGGCCCACCCAGUGCCUAGCACCACUACAUCGACGUUGCCAACUGGGACCUCAACCGCACCUACUCGCUAGGGAGCAGAGCCCCUUUGCACACCAUCUCAUCGACUGCUUCUGCUUGUCUGGAAGCCCGCGACUGCAAUAGAGUUUUCUUUUAAUGAAAUUCGCUGUUCUCGUCCUCUGCCACCGUCCACGUAGGCACCAUGAACCCCGCAACCGACAUAUACGGUGGCGAAUAAGAGGCGGUGGGAGCUCCCCAUAUUCUUGAUUGUCGCUGAUCCGACAAAAGGGCCAUUCGUGAGCGAACGCGGCGAGCCUCUCAGAGAGCAAGGCUGGUCGUAAAAAGCAGAAAUCCUGAGUGUCGAGGCUUUUCAACGGGUCGG